CAAAUGUGGCCCUUAAAUGAAAAUUUAUCGCAACAAACUAUAAGCGAGGAGUUCGUUUUAUAUUUAUUAGGUACUAUAAUCAUAAGUUGUACUUUAAUGUAUACCGAUAUAGUAAAAAUCCUGAAAAUUUACGAUAAUUCGCAAGUAACCAACGCGCUUAGCACGCUAGUAGGAACUUCAGAGGCCAUACGUUUGUUAAACACAAAAUCAAUUCAUAAUUUAAACAGCUCAUAUAAACAUGCAUCUAAUCCCACUAUCUUGCGCAGGGAGGAUAAAUUUAAACAAUGAUUAGCCGGACUAAUAGACGGCGAUGGUUGUUUUUUAUUAUCUAAAAAAGGUUAUGCAAGUUUAGAAAUUACUAUGGAUCUAAGAGAUGAACGAGCUUUACAAGCAGUAAAAAAUGUUUACGGAGGUUCAAUCAAAUUAAGAUCUGGUGUUAGUGCAUUAAGAUAUAGAUUACAUCAUAAAAAAGGUUUAUUAAAUCUUAUUAAUGAUGUUAAUGGGCACAUAAGAAACCCCAUUAGAUUAAUACAAUUAAAUUAUAUUUGUGUUAAAUAUAACCUAACUUUAAAAUAUUCUGAAAAGUUAACUUUAGAUAAUGGUUGAUUAUCAGGAUUUUUUGACGCAGAUGGUUCUAUUACUAUAAAUAGUUCUAAUUGACAACUAUCUAUUGGAGCGGCUCAAAAGACUUCUGAAAUCCUUACACCUUUAGUUGAAUUGUUCGGGGGUUAUCUUUAUAUUGAUAGAGGUGGACAGGGUUCUUUUAAAUGAUAUGUAUCUAAUAAACAAGAUAUACUUAAUCUAAUCGAAUAUUUUAAAAUAUACCCUUCAAGAUCAGCUAAAAAUAAGAGGUUACAUUUAGUACCUAAAUUAUAUGAAUUGAAGGAUAUGAAAGCACAUAUUGCACCUUCAGAUUCAUUAUUAGCUAAAAGCUGAGACACCUUUAUGAAUAAAUGAAAUAAAUAUGAAUAA